AUGCCUAGGGUGCCCGACCCUGAGCCCAGCCUCCAGGCUUUUAGCCUUCGUGCCCUGGGACAGGCGCUGACCCCAUGGGGCUUCUCCCUCUGGGAUGGGGAGGCCCCUGCGUCCCGGCGUCCGCCCUCGCGCCUCGCCCCGCCCAGACGCAGAUACAAGGCGCCGGUGCUGCUGUUUCGCGCCCCGCCGCCCGCCGCCACCCGCGUCCCUAAGGCCGGGUUCGCGAUGCUGGUGGCCGCCGCCCUGGCGCUGUCCCUGCUGCUGGAGCCCCCCGGCCUCGCGUGGUACAAGCAGGUGGCGGGGCCGGGCUACUACUCUGUGGGCCGCGCCGCGGGGCUGUUGUCCGGCUUCCGCAGGUCGCCGUACGCGCGGCGCUCCGAGGCCCCCGUGGGCACGGGACCCCCGGGACGGGCCGGCAUCUUCCCGGAGCUGUGCCCCAGCCUGCGGAGCCUCGCCGUGUGCGUCGAGGACGUCACCCCGAACCUGCAGAGCUGCGAGCGGCUCCCCGACGGCCGCGCCAUCUUCCAGUGCAAGGCCGACGUCUUCCUGUCACUCCGCGCCGCGGACUGUCGCAGCACGUGA